GUGUAUGUGUUUGCGUGCUGAGCUGAGCUGGUGGUCGCGCAUCUCUUUCUUCACUUCCAACCUGGUCUCCUCUUCUGUCAGAAUGAAUCUCUUCUGCUUCUCUCUGGAGGGUUCUCUGGACAGUCUGUAUGAGGCGGUUCCAGACUCCAGUCACACAGAGGUGUACAGCAUCCCCACCAGAUCCCGCAGUCAUGCCGCACUGCUGGGCGACAGCAAUAAGUGGCAUGCACCUCGGCACUCCAGCUCAACGGAUCUCUCCCAUGCCUCAAAGAAGAAGACGAGAAGAGAGAUGAUGUCACAUUCUGUAUCUGCCACUGCACUAGAUAAUGCCUCCAGCAGUAAUGGUCCCCCACUCUGGCUCCCCGCCAGGAACCCAGAAGAUUUACUCCACAUCAAGACCAAUCAGAAUGAAGAGCUGGCAGCCUCUCUGAAACAGUUAGACCACAGGACAUCACAUGAAAAUCUACACCUGAAGAAUUCAGGGCCAGUGAAGAUUGUCUGUUAUGAGGAACAGAACCCCGACCAACAGCUUCAAAAUGGCAGAGAGAGAGAUUCGACUGUCACAAACAACAAGCAAAUAAGACAACCAAGAGGAACCAUCAGGAAAAGUCAAAAGGCUGGGAAGAAAGGGAGUGGAAAUGUCAGACCAAGAAGCAUAAGCAAGUCCACAGGUAAAGGUCACUCAAAAGGUGGUGGCCCAGGCCCAGCUGCAGGCAGAGGUGUGGAGGUGCCCCCACCAACCCCAGAGAACGGCAUCCACAGACUGGACCUCCCAGAUGGCCAGGCCCCAGGCUCCAGGGAGCGACAGAGCUGGAGUGCCCCAACUGAGGCGACCCAAGCCUGGUGUCCCUCGUACCACACCUGCCGGAGACCCCACACUGAAUACCGUGUAUACUCCCAGGACCUCACACUGCCCACGGGCAAGGAGUGGACCAAAACAGACCAAGACAGACGCAUAAGGAGAGACGGACCCUUCCAUGCCAGUAUGGUUCGCUCGGUCACAGAUAUGGAUCUCCGAGCCUCAAAACGAUCCACCAGCUUUGGAAGGUUUGACAAACACCAACCACCAGCAGUGAAACCUCAGGAAAAUGCAACAGCUAUGCUUGAUGAGGGAAACUCCACUCUUGAGACUUGUGAGCCAGGCAAACAGGGGAGCUUGAGUAAGAAGAUGAGGGCCAUUUCUUUGACCAUGCGCCUAAAGAUGGGCAGGAAAUGUGCCAAGAAUCUGUCAGACGACAUGGUUGACGAGACAGACAAAGAUCAAGAGGAAGCAAAAGAGAUCGGACCCAGCGAUAAGCCCAGUGACUCUUCAGAGAGUCUGUACAGCGGACAGAGUUCUACCAGCUCAGGUGGUGUGGUGAGCAGCUCUGAUGGCUCCAGCAACAGAGGCAGCCUGAGACUGGAGGAGGAGCUGCCCUACGCUGGCCAGGUCUGCGGACGAGCCCGGGUCCACACAGACUUCGUUCCAAGCCCCUAUGACACAGACUCCCUCAAGCUCAAGGUUGGAGACAUUAUAAGCGUCAUAAGUAAACCCCCUAUGGGCAUAUGGACAGGCAUGCUGAACAACAAAGUGGGAAACUUUAAGUUCAUCUAUGUCGACAUGCUUCCUGAAAAAGAGAAAGACGAAGACACUCCAAAGAUAAGGCCUCAGAGACUUUCCAAAAGGUCACGACCCAAAACCCUCCUGGAACUACUUGAACGGCUGCAGUUAGAGGAGUAUGCCUCUUCACUGCUACUGAAUGGCUACCAGACGGCUGAUGACUUGAUACAUCUACAAGAGAAACACCUUACAGAACUGAACAUCACUGAUCCUGAACAUCGGCAAAGGCUGCUUGCUGUCGCUAAUGUUUACUAUGAAAUAGGAGGUGAUGACCGCGACAAUGAUAAAGAGGACGAAGAGACAAAUGACUGCCCGCGGGACUCUGGCUGUUUUAUUCCAUCAGAGUGUUCCGACAGCAAGGAUGAUGUGGAAGGUCACCCAGCAACACCUGAUGCUCCGGAGCACUGAUGAUGAUAUGUCGCUAUCCACGGCUAUGCCCUUGUAUAUUCUAUAAUUCAUUUAGCACGUAUGUCCCCAGUCAUGUUCACAUGGUCUUUAUUCGUUUCAGAUGGCCAUGAGUGGUCUGUGUUUACAAAACACGAGUAAGCCUAUUAGAUGUUUUAUGUUUUUUUUUUUUUUUUUCCAAAUCGCCUUGAUUGGAGUCAACAUUGUCUGUUACAAAUAUCUUUUUUUUCAGAUUGACCGUGAAAAGGUUUGUUUGUGUGUGUGUGUGUGUGUGUGUGUGUGUGUGUGUGUGUGUGUGUGUGAAUGACAGAGAGAGGCUCUGUUUUUUAUUAAUGUUUUAAGUGUAAUAUAUUUAAUCAGUGUACAUAGUCAAUCUGAACAGCAUAAUAAAAUCAAUUAUUAUCAAUUA